GCUGCCCGGGCCGUGUCCCCCGCGCAGGUCCCCCCGCGCCCGGCGUGGCAGCAGGGCGAGCAGCGGCCGUUCCCGCAGCAAAAAGUGACGGUGGAAGUGCUGGAUCACUUGGAACGCCUGGCCUUGGUUGAUUUCCGCGAUUCAGAGGGCGUAGAGCGGCUGCAGAAAGCAAUCCAGUUUGCUGAUCAGCUUCAUGAAGUAAACACUGAUGGCGUAGAACCGAUGGAUUCAGUCCUGGAGGACAGGUGUCUGUAUCUCAGAGAAGAUGAUGUUACAGAAGGCAACUGCACGAAAGAGCUGCUGAAAAAUGCCAGAGAGAAAGUAGAGGAAUAUUUUGUAGCCCCACCAGGUAACAUCCCUCUACCAAAGCUAGAAGAACGAGAGACUUUUCUGCAGGGCUCUUAGUGAAAGCCCAGAACCCAAACACCGUUUUAGUAUUUUAUUUGGAAAAAACAAGUUUUGUGCAGUCACAGCUGAAAUACCCUGGCAUGUAUUUUGAUCAAAAGAAGAGCACUUGCAAGACAAUUUACAGAAGAAGGAAGGUGUAAAAAGUUUAGUAGUGCUACUGAAAUAUUCCAUGUUUAUGAAGCUGGAAGGCAGCACGACAGAUGACCCUAGUGCUUUUAUUUAGCAAAGUGAAUUUGAUGUUACUCUUUAAGAUACUGAAUGGCUUAAAGACUUUAAAAGAGAACAUUAAAAGGUAAUGAUUAAAAAACCCAAACCACUGUAUUUUUCCUCAACAAGUUUGUCAGGAAAACAAGAGAGGUUGGAAGGUUGUAUUUGCCUAUUUUGCACCUUUAGCUCGACUCUGACCCUGUCAGAAGUAACAGUCUGGUAUGGAGGAGGAGUUUGUAACAUUGCUGAGUAUCUCUGUGAUGUACGGACAGAACUCAGAUUUUCAUUAUGGAAGAAAAGGCACUCUGAGAAGAUGAUUCUCUCAAAUAUUUUGUUUCUACUGAAUUUUUCCAUUUUAUCUCUGUGCUCCAUGUCUGCGUGGGUUACCUUCUAUUUCCCACUUUGUAUUUUUAUUCUCACAAAUUAAAUACCUGGAGUUGUACAUAAUCUGAGAAAGUACUUUUCAAGCACAGAAAUAGCUGCUCGAAAAUAAAAAAAUCUUUGCUGUAAAUAUUUCUGUCCACCAGACAUGUAUCUGCAGCAGCACUGGCAAUAUUUUCUGGAUUAAACCAUUCUUCCAUUUCAAACAAAGCACUGCAGUUGUUUAUUUAAAGCAUCUUGUGUGGCUAAGCUUGUUGUAAAUAAAGAAUGUAAUUACUUGUGAACUUGGCAUUUUUGUUCUGUUGGCACAGUGAACUAAGUAUCUACUGUCACCUUCAUUUUUUGUUGGAACAGGUUUUAGAAAUCUAAGUACCCUGGUGCUCUUCAGUGUUGCAGGCAGACAUUGCUAGCAGGAAGCUAGCAACAGCUUUAUUAGAAGCAGAAGUGUGAUUAGCAGAUACCGCUCUGGAUACGGCUUCACCUUUAAUCUGUUUCCAGCUCUACAAACUCGUGCAGUCAUCACCUCAACAGCACCACUUUACUAGCUGUAAUUUGGUUAUAAGGAUGCUGAACUUCUACUUUAGAUCUCAGAGUUGUAGAAACCAUUCCCCAGACUGUUAUGAUAAUAUCCUAGAAGUAAAAUAUCUUUGAGCAUGCAGCUCUAGAUGCUUUUCUUGCUGCUCAGUUUUGGGUUUGGCUUGGAAAGUUUCCAUCUUAAGGGAAAAAAUAGACUGAAUUAGCGCAGGGUUAUUUCUGUUUGCAAGAGGGUGCUGAAAAUUAAGAGUUAACUGGCUCAGCCUGUUACCUUCAAGUAACAGUCAUGUACCAGUACCUCAAAUUCUGUAAGGAAAUUGCUGGGACAAGCACCUCAGCCAUCAGCUCCCAGAUGGGAUGUUUGUCAUAGAAAGCUCAGUCACAGUAAAGAAGUGGUUGCAAAGAAGUAGCACAGCUCCAAGAACAAAAUGAGCCUCCCUGACUCUGCCUUACUGGCUCAGAGGCCAGGAGACCAUCACGGGAAGAGGUGCUGUGCUGGGCAAAUUGGGGAGACUGCUUUAGCAAACAACCUACUUUGUCACUGUCUCAUCCUGGCAGAGAAUGUUGAGGCUUCCUCACAGAAACUCCAACAGUCAGAGGCAAGAUAAACCAAAGCUCACUGAGAAAAACGAGAGACCUGCUGAAAGAAGAAUACUGCAGCAAACUAGAAUCAAAUAGUCCAGACCAUUCACUUUCAGGCCAUAAAGAGUGCAGUAAAAAGCUGAAAAACAAACUUUCCUUCCUGGGUGGUGCCCUGUCCACCUACAGAUUUAAGAAUCUGCAAUUAUGUAUUCCAACCCUAACUCCAUGCACUGUAAGAGAUCAUGACAUGCUGGGCCACAGUGGAAUCUUCAGAAGUGCUA